GAGAGUUUAGUUUUGUUUAUGCACCAGCAGAUGCUUCACAGCUGCUUUACAAAACAUGUCGCUUAUUUAGAGGAGAUUUUGGGACAUGUUGGCACCCCUGGCCUUUCUGACACCGGUGCACAGGGAUGAGUUAGGUGUAUAAAUGCAGUGUAAUGAUGAAUUCUGUUUGGGAUCUUGCUGUCUCCUCCAGUGCUGUCAGUAAUCCUGUAACUGCUGCAUCUUCCCGAGCCGUGCAUGUGGAUCUAACCUCCCAGCAGAGGCGUUUGCGUCACCUGAGGAGCAUCGCUGCCAGGAACAUCGUGAACAGGAACCAUUCUCCUCUGCUGGACACCUACUUCACCCUUCACCUGUGUUUGGGGGAUCGAAUAUCUAAAGAUUUCUACAAGAGUGAAAUCAUCCAAGACUCUCUGAACCCGACAUGGCGCAGUUUGGACUUCGCGAUGCUGCCGGACCUGUUGGACACGUCGGUCUCGUGCUUCGUGGUCAGAAUCUGGGGAGGACAGGACCAACACUUCCAGCUGCUCAUCGAGUGGAAGGUCAACCUGGACGGCCUGCGCUACACCGGCCAGCAGAUCCGGUCGAGGAACCCUAACGAGAUCAUAUUCGGACUGAAUGACGGUUACUACGCGGCGGAUUUUGAUCAGAAGGAGAAUUCGGAGAGGAAGAAGAACUCCUUGUUGCAGGUGGACCAGAGCUCAUUGAGGAACUCCUACAGCGUCUUCUCUCUGCUCAGACUCCACACGGCGCAGAAGGCGAUUAAACAGACGCAGGUGACGGUGCAGAGAAUCGGCCGACAGAUCGAGGAGAAGCUCCGAACCACGGCGGCCUGUACCGAACUGAAGAAGGAGCGUGAGUGUAUGCAGUUACGUAUCGGAGUGUUACGGAGUGAGGUGAGCAGACAGAGGAAAGCUCUACACAGAGAGAACGACACACUGCACAAAGAGAGGAACCACGUACAGAGGAAAGAAGAGACGUUCUCGUCCCAGCACCAGGUUCUGACGACAGAGCGAGAAGCUCUAACAGAUCUACAGAAGGAAAGCACUGCAAAAAGAGAACUGUUCCUGAAGACCAACGCCCAACUUACAUUUCGGUGUCGUCAACUCCACUCCGAACUUUCAUACAUCUACCCCAUCAAUGUGAAUAAUCAGUCAGACUUUGUGAUCUGUGGGGUGAAGCUGCCAAACUCGGAAGACUUCCAAGCAAAGGAUGAUGGGAGUGUGGCGGUGGCCCUGGGUUACACAGCGCACCUGGUUCUGAUGAUUUCCUGCUUCCUGCAGAUCCCACUCAGGUAUCCCGUCGUGCACCGGGGCUCGCGCUCCACCGUCCGGGACACCAUCACCGACAAGCUCAGCGAGAAGGAGCGAGAGUUCCCUCUGUACCCACGUGGAGAACGAUUCCAGUUUGAGUACGGCGUCUACCUGCUCAACAAGAACAUCGCUCAGUUGAGGUAUCAGCACAGCCUGACCACGCCCGACCUGCGCCAGACUCUACCCAACCUGAAGAACUUCCUGGAACACGGCCUGCUGGUCAGAUGUGACCGUCACCACGUCUCCAGCUCCAUCCCGGUUCCCACCAAACCUCACCCGAGCGCCUCUCAGCUCGCCUUCCCCGCCUCUCCGGAUUCGGACAAGAAGAGGCGCAGAUCCAGCAAGGGGGACAGGGACGCCGUCACGGCGACCGUCGAGCCCCCCUCCGAGCCUGCGGGCGUCGGCCCGGGACCGGACGAUACGCCGGAGAGGCGACCCGCGGCCGCACAGGAGGACGGAAAGAUCGAUUCGGACCCGGAAAACGACCCGGAAGGAACCCGGGGCGGAGAAUCUGAAGCGCCCGGGGGAGCGGCGGAGAGCCAGGAGCACCGGGGCGCCGUGAACGGGUCGGCCCCGCCCGGCAUCGUGGCCCCGCCCGGCGCCGACGCCCUCUGCUCGGUGGAGCAGGCGGAGGAGAUCAUGGGCACGGAGGCGACGGGACUGGGCGUGGGAACAGGGGCGCGGCUGGACGAUUUCCCGUGCAUCCCGGUGGAGCACGCGGUCGCCGUGGAGAGCGACGAUCAGGUUCUGGGCGAGCUGGAUGCUCAGGGGUUCGAGGAGUUCUCGCGCCGGAUUUACGCCCUCAACGAGAACCCGUCCAGCUUCAGGCGGCCGCGCAAAAACUCCGAGAAAUAAACCAGAGGGGGGAAGGAGGGAGCAACCCCCCCCCCCCCCCCCCGGCCCCGCUCGACUGCAUCCAGUCUAGAUGUUAGAAACAGAGAUUAUUAUUAUAAUAAAAUUAUUAUUAUUAUUAUUAAUAAUCCUCUUUAUAAUUAUUGUAAUUAAUAGAAUUCUCUGGGUUCUUGAACAGUUUGCACUUCUCUAACUUUCCUUUCAAAUGUAAUAAAGAGAAUGUCCUUGAAA